AUGACGGCUGCGUGCCUGCAGACCGCGGGCAAGGCCAGCUGCGGCGACUUCGGCGGCAAGGCGGCCGUCACCUCUUCCGGCGGCGGCUCCCCGGAGGCGGAGGACUGCGGCCGCGCCAGAGCCGCCGCCGCCAAGGACGCGCCGGAGGCGGCGGGGGCGGCGCCCGUGCACCCCAAGCUGGCGGCGGCGGGCGCCGCGCUCGAGAUGAAGCCCCUGUGGGACGAGUUCCACGAGCUGGGCACCGAGAUGAUCGUCACCAAGGCCGGCAGGCGGAUGUUCCCGACGUUCCAGGUGCGGCUGUUCGGGCUGGACCCCUCCGCCGACUACAUGCUCAUGAUGGACUUCGUGCCGGUCGACGACAAGCGCUACCGAUACGCCUUCCACAGUUCGAGCUGGGUGGUGGCGGGCAAGGCGGACCCGGUGUCGCCGCCCAGGAUCCACGUCCACCCGGACAGCCCAGCGUCCGGCGCACAGUGGAUGAAGCAGGUGGUCAGCUUCGACAAGCUCAAGCUCACCAACAACCAGCUGGACGACAACGGCCACAUAAUCCUGAACUCGAUGCACCGCUACCAGCCGCGCUUCCACGUGCUGUACCUGCCGGCCAAGGGCGAGCCGCCCAGCCACGGCCGCACAGAGGACUUCAAGACCUUCAUCUUCCCGGAGACCAGCUUCACCGCCGUCACCGCCUACCAGAACCACCGGAUAACGCAGCUAAAGAUCGCCAGCAACCCGUUCGCGAAAGGAUUCCGGGACUGCGAUCCGGACGACUGCGGCGUGGAGGUGUUGAACCAGCUGCAGCUGGGGGCGGCGCAGCAGCGGCUGGCUGCGAGGGCGGCGCCGCCCACGGGAGCACAGGCCCACUUCUCGCUCAAGGAGGGCGGCAGGCACGACGAAGAAUCACCGCCGCCGGUGCUGGGAGGCGGAGACGCCGCCUCCGCGUCCGGCGCCGGGCCGCCGCCGCUGGGGCAGGCGUACGCGGCGGAGCUGUGCGGCGCGGGGGCGGGCUACGGGUCUGCGCAGCUGCCGCCCCCGGGCGCCGCCUCGGCGCAGACCGCCUUCCACCACCACGCCCACGCCCACCACCCACACCUCGGCUACCACGCCGCCGCCGCCGCAGCCGCCGCCGCCGCCGCCGCCGCCAAGGCGCGCUCUUCGGGGGGCGGCGCGGGGGCGGGCAGGACUUCGGGGGUGCCGAACGUGCACGGAGUGUCCGGGGUUCCCGGUUCGUACCCCGGCGCCCCCUACCCGCCGCAGGUGUUCUACCAGCCGGCCGCGCACCGCCAGACGGCCUACGACUUCGGGCCUCCUCGGUAG